GAGUAAGAAAAUUUAAAAUUUGGAAAAAAUAAUCGUGAAGUAAUGAAAGCAAUAGAGCAACCGAAACCAAACCCACUCACCUCCACCAACCGUUGAAGGAAGAAGGAAGGGAGACUCACUGAGAGGGACCUCUCCUCCGCCAUUUUUGUCAAUUCUUCAAGCAAACUCUCUUUCACAGAUCUCUCUCUCUCUCUCUCUCUCUACCUGUGCUUGUGGUUUGGUUUCGUUUUCUUAGUAAUAUUUAUGACCAUGUCCUUUGGAUCACUGCUCUCUGCCUAUCUUGCUUGACUCCUUUAAUCUCUCUGGGUUUUGGAUCGAAAUAUGGUGAUAAAAGGGCCAAUUACGCCUGGACUGGUUGUAAGAAGUUUUUGAGCUAAUAUUUGCCAAUUGCUACAUUUCUAAUAAGACAUGAUGGUGCUUCAACAAGUGUCCUUUAUGCUCGGAAUUAUCCCAGUUUUCAUUGCAUGGAUAUAUUCAGAGUUCUUAGACUAUAAGAAAUCUUCAUCUUUUUCUAAAGUGCAUUCAGACAAUAAUCUGACUGAGUUGGAAAAGGAGACAAUCAAGGAAGAUGAUCGAGCUGUUUUGCUUGAAGGAGGUCUUACAAGAACAGCAUCUGCCAAAUUUUAUAGCUCAUCUAUCAAAUUGAACUUAAUCAGGUUUAUGACUAUGGAUGACUCCUUCUUGCUAGAAAAUCGAGCUACUUUGAGAGCAAUGUCUGAGUUUGGGAUGAUUAUGAUUUAUUUCUAUAUAUGUGACCGCACGAACUUGUUGGGAGACUCCACCAAGAAAUACGAUCGCGACCUUUUCCUCUUCCUCUACUCUCUCCUCAUUAUAGUAUCAGGAAUGACUUCAUUGAAGAAACACAAUGACAAAUCAGCAUUCUCUGGGAAAUCCAUACUUUACCUUAACCGGCAUCAAACUGAAGAGUGGAAAGGAUGGAUGCAGGUCCUAUUCUUAAUGUACCAUUACUUUGCUGCAACAGAAAUUUACAAUGCAAUACGUGUCUUUAUUGCUGCAUAUGUUUGGAUGACUGGAUUUGGCAAUUUCUCAUAUUAUUACAUUAAAAAGGAUUUUAGCCUUGCACGCUUUGCUCAGAUGAUGUGGCGGCUCAAUUUCUUUGUGGCAUUUUGCUGUAUCGUUCUUAACAAUGAUUAUAUGCUGUAUUACAUCUGCCCAAUGCACACGCUAUUCACUCUAAUGGUGUAUGGGGCCCUUGGUAUAUUUAAUAAGUAUAAUGAGAGUAGCUCAGUGAUGACUCUGAAGAUUCUUUCAUGCUUUCUUGUGGUUAUCUUGGUUUGGGAGAUACCUGGAGUUUUUUAUUUUCUCUGGAGUCCUUUACCAUUCUUAUUGGGGUAUACUGAUCCUGCAAAGCCAGAUCUCCCCCGAUUACAUGAGUGGCAUUUCAGAUCAGGACUUGAUCGCUAUAUUUGGAUCAUUGGAAUGAUAUAUGCAUAUUGCCACCCAAAUGUAGAGAAAUGGAUGGAGAAAUUGGAGGAAUCUGAAACCAAGAAGAAACUCUCAAUCAAAACAGGAAUUGUGUCAGGUUCCUUGCUGGUUGGCUAUUUGUGGUAUGAAUAUAUUUACAAGCUGGACAAGGUUACAUACAACAAGUACCACCCUUACACAUCGUGGAUCCCCAUCACUGUGUACAUUUGCUUGCGGAAUUUCACUCAGCAGCUACGGAGUUUCUCUUUGACUCUCUUUGCUUGGCUAGGAAAGAUAACUUUGGAGACCUAUAUUUCACAGUUCCACAUCUGGCUGAGAUCAAACAUUCCGAAUGGACAGCCUAAGUGGCUUCUUUCUAUCAUACCAGAAUAUCCAUUGCUGAAUUUCAUGCUCACAAGUGCCAUCUAUGUCCUAGUAUCUCUUCGGCUUUUUGAAUUAACCAAUACACUGAAGGCCGUUUUUAUACCCACAAAAGACAAUCGGCGGCUUUUUUAUAAUUUUGUUGCGGGGGCUGCUAUUUCUCUAUCAUUAUAUUGUGUCUCACUAAUUCUUCUUCAGAUCCCUCAUUCUUCUGCCUGACAAAUGAAGACUAAAAUGAGAAUAUGCAUAGAGGUUUUCUGUGGUAUGUACAAAGAGAUAUAGGAAGUGAAAUAAGGGAACUUGGAAAAUGUUGCUAGCAGAUACAGGCAAGGACGAGUGUUUUCAACAAACCUAAGGGAGAAAUUUUCUCUGAUGACAUGCCAGAGCUGAAGUUAGAUAGUGGAUUUGCCUUGGGGAAUCAGUAAGUAGACUAGACAGGCAGGCAAAUAACAGGAAGUGAUUCUAUCUUUUUCUUUUUUGUUUUUGAAAUAUUGCAUACCACCACAUAUUAUUUUUGUUGUCAUAUAUUUUCUUUUUCUUUUUCCCAUUUUGUGCCAUCUCUGAAACAAAUUGUAGGUUACUAUGACAUAGAUUUGUUGUUUGUUAUCGAACGAAUUCAAGAUUUAAUGUUAAUGCAAUUUUAUUGAAAUUAUGUA